GCUUGGCGGAGAAACACAUCAGUUUUCUCAGUAAUAGGCACAUAAGAUUUACCAACUAAAUUAUUUCUCGUCACAUACAGGGGAAGUCUUCAAUCCAAAUGCGAAGUUUCACCUUUGUCAUCGCUUUCCUAAUUCCUGUCUGUAGCUACGGAGAAUGUUCACGUCUGGGCGGUGGAAAAACUAAGGCGACUUUUACAGCGUGAGUAAAAUGUAAAUAGUGUUCAAAAUGAUUCUCGGUAACUAACUACCGCCUGCAUUUAGGGAACUUGGCAUAAGCAUUUCAGGGGCAUGAAAAGAUCGCCUUGAUUCGUUUUUGCCUAUCAGGGUGCCCUGCUCCGCUCUGGGAAAAGUCUCGCAAUGUUUUAAUUUGAUCAUAGCAUCAUUCACUAAUGUACAAGCCUUGGUAGCUUACUCUCCGCUUCUUUUUUUAAUACAACAAGUCUCGCAAGUCUAAUGAAGUUAGAAAGGAAAUAUGUACAAGUAGCCAGCCUUUUAGUAGUACUGAUCUCUUAAAAAGCCAAAGAAUAUUUUAUGCUGCAAAAUAUCCCCUUGAAAUGUUGCCUGUUAAGAAGAGACAAAAAGCAACUGACUGCGACGAGAAACGCGGCAUUUCUGGAAAAAGAUAAAACUUUUAACUUUGUUACCAUGCAACUAGCACUGGCAGGUGAUUGCAAAAGGGGCGCACUAGACUUCAUUAAUUUAAGUCUCAUUCUUUCCACCCUGAUGCCAUAAUCCGUCCGCGAUCAUGAUGCCGGAACUCAUCGUCCCAAAUUGGCCAUCCUUUUAGAUAACCAAGCUUUUACGCCUCAGCUAUACCUGUUGAUAUAUAUUUUAGUUUUUCUGUUAAAGUUGACAUUUUUGUUCUGAUUUUUGACAACUCUGCACCGCCAAGUACUUUUAAAACAAUAAACAAGUUUAACAAUGGCAGCAGAAUAACUAAUUAGAGAAUUUCAAUUAAUUUCAUUUUCUUUUCAUUUUGACUUUUGCUAGGAUCAUGGAUAGAAAAUAAGUUUACAAAAAGUUACCCUAAAAGUGCUAAAAAUUGAUCUUAAAGACGUUCUAUCGUUAAGUCUUUAAAUUUCAGUCUUCUUUUUUCGCUCAAAGUUAGCUUCACUUCUCUAAAAUUUACAAGAAAAAUACCGGUUUCGUUUUUAGUGAUAUCUCCGUUUUAUUUUUCGUAAUCCCCUUAUCCUUUGUCGCCUUAUAUUUUAAUUAUUUGUUUUUUUGCGAACGAAAGUAACUUAGGAAACGUUUGCCAAAGAAUGUGGAAUUCAGCGGAGAAUAAUCUGAAAAUUGGUAAGGAUAUCGUCAUCUAUGCAGGAAUUAAACCACAUCCCCUGAUUACACUGACAAGGCUAGGGAAAGCAAAGAUGAAAAGAGACAUUUUCGUGAAAUUUAAAGGUGACUUUUUCUUUUUUGAUUUGUUCUCAGUUUAAUUCUAUUAAUAUCUUAAAUAAUUGAAAACAAGCUUGUCUGUCAUGGUCUUAAAGUGUGGGGAGCUUAAGUCUUGGGAUCGAUCGCCGGGAGAAAUCGUUAUUUAUCCCCAGUGUGAUCCAUGUGAUCAUUACAAACUACCUGUAAUGUUUCACAAACAACGUUAUUUUCCCCUAAAUAAGGUAUUGAAGGGCAGACACCGUUGAAACGCACCGUUACCCUUACCCGAUGUUCAAGACGCACAUCUCCUCGAGAGCGCGAAGUGCGAUCGGCUUUUUCUGCCACAUAUUCCCCGGGGGUACCCUUCCUUGCUUGGCUUAAACGGGUAUAUGCCGCUGAACAGCGUCAGGUAUACAAUUUCACUAUUUAGCGUCUUGGACAAGGUGUAUUUUUUCGACCAGUCAAAGCCGUUAAAAGUUCUUCAAGAAGAGUAUUUUGUUUGUUUGUUUGCAAUUUUGGUUUUUUUUUACAAGAUUGUGGUAUUUUGUUUUUUUUUUUUUUCAAAAAACGGAAUUCCGUAAUAUUAGUUUGAGAAAUUGCUAGGUCUGUGUGCGAAACAAAACGAAUCAGGCUCAUAAAAAAGGUCUUUUGACUGAAAACAGGGUCAGGUUUUGCGAACGCCUCGGCGGCACACUUCUUCCAAUAUUUCCUUGAGUGCCCCCCCCGGGUCAUAUUCUCACCAGAGCAAUUAGAAAUAUUUCUCUAUCUCUCUUAAAGCCUUGUUAGAUAAUUACGAGGCAGACGAAAAUCGACCAGAAAAGACUAAUGCUACAGAACUGCUGGAAGAGGAUGCUUUGAUCGACGCCAUGGUUGUCAGUGGAGGGCCAAUGGAUAUUGCCUUUCAGUAUCUCAAAGAACAAGGCAGUAUUUCAUUCAAUGUAAAUACCACAUUUGACUUUCUUUACCCCAUCUCCUACCCCUAAAUACGCCUGAUGAUCCUUAAUGCUUAAACUAAAGGGAAUAUGCCGUAUUUAGAAAGAAUUCCUCACUUGUGAUGAGUGAACCUUUUGAAUAUUCCCUCCCUUGUUGACUCUCGAAUCAUCCGCAGAGGUUUUCAAAAAAUCAUUUUUUUAUUUAUUUACAUUUGUUUUAUUUGUUUGUUUAGUCACUCACAUUACUCAACAUUAAACACAUUUAACAAAAUUUGGUAAUCAGUAAAUUGUACACAAAUGAGACAAGGCAGUCUAACUUAAGCUACAGAACGACUAGGAAUUCGUUCGUUUGAUGAAAAUUUUAAAGAUAAAGUAUCGGGAGUGCGGUUUCAGAUGUCUGUAGUCUCCGAUGCCCAACUGCAGUGGGUUUGGCAAAAUCUCGACGUUGACAAGACUUCUAUCUGUUUGAUGUCAUGUUUUAGUGCCUUGACCAAUUCAAGCCUGUCUUAAAGAAGAUGUGGUUUGAAAAGUACGCUAAAAGACGAAAGGGUCCUCAUUUUUCUGGAUUUGAGCACACAUUUGUCGGUAAGGCUCUUCAUUUAUGGGCGUUCGUAGUUAUAAAUUCUCUUAAAUGUACGAUACCCAAAAUUUAUGCAAAAAUAUGCUGUGGAAUGGCAAAUCGAUAAUCAAAAAGAGCAAUAACACAACAGAAACAAUGAGAAAACUGAAACAGUUGAAAUAUGUAAUAAAUGUAGAAAUCAAAUAUUAAUUAUCUCUUCCAAGUCUUUCCUAUAGCAUAUCAAACUUUGCCUAUCGUUGGCACACAAUAGAGCUAAAGUUUCUUGGAUAUUUUUGUGUUUCAAGAAGCGGCGUUUGACCUCUAAUCGGAUCGGUAAAUUUUCGGUGUGACAUUUUCUCACUUAGUAGUGGUCUGGUGCUUUAACUUUGUAGUUUCACGUUAGAUUCAUUCGUAACACUAAGCUGUUUCCACUCUUAGCCGCAAAAAACGGGAGAAUUGAUAUCGGAUGAAUUUGUCCUAGCAAUAAUUCAUAUUUUGCGUAAGCUUACCACGUUACAAUCUUGUCUUCAUGAUUAGGAGAAGUGGUUUAUGACUGGAAAACCAAACGGAGAAUUACGACGGGAUUUCACAACUGGAUCCAGUUCCUUUCUGAGAAGCAAACAGGGAGGCUAACCUAUUCUCCUCCACCCCUGGGAAGAUCUGUUAACACUGAGGUACAUGUUAAACCCUCCUGUUUAAACUCAAGGCGUACGAUGCCGUUUUUAGGUUCCUUGUGAAACUGACUCGAUGUUGCGUCGAAUUGCACCUGCAUCUGAAUGCUAAUGCUUCUUUUAUAUUGGCUGUCACAAAGUUCGGCAUCGGGGGGGGGGGGGGGGGCAAGUAAGGCACUCCCUAUAAUGACCUAUAUGGGGUAACUCUAUUAGGCUUCAGUUAUAUGAAAGGGUUGGGAUUUCAAUCCGGGGUGUAAAAAGGUUCAAAGGGCUGACAAGGUCAACAGAUGCAUUUCAUGCCUAUGAAAAAGUCGAGAAAAAGUUCUGGUUUUGUGAUUUAUUCGUAUUUAUUUACAGCAGUUAAAAGGGAUGCAAAGUUCUAAACUAGGUAUGAGAAAGGGAACCAUUCGUCAAUAGAAGGUAUACUAAAGCGGUACCUUUUGUCAAAAAUGGUAUAUAAAAGGGAAUAAGGGGUUUUACCUCGGGGCGGAGCCUCCCCAUGUAACCCUUUGUUGAGUAUCCGCCCCGGGAAAGGAAACUCGGUCAAUAAUAGUCUCCGAAAACAGUCCCAUGUUGCAGUUCGACACAACUCCGAUCCAGUCUCUCGCGAGCGUAAUUUUCAGUAACUCUCAAAUGACCAGCAAUAGCGAGUUGGUUUUAUAGUGGUUCAUGAACACUUGCGAACAAAAUAAAACUCCACAAACAUCAGGAAGGUCAUUAAAAGAUGUCAUACAGUGGAACCUCUAUAUAACGAAGUCAUCGGUACAGCGAACGAUUUCUUUACCCCAGUCAAUGGUAAAAUAUAUGGAAAAGAACCUCGAUAUAACGAAACCUUGUUAUAACGAACACAUUUUGCCAGUCCCUUGGCCCUUCAUUAUAUCGAGGUUCCACAGUACUUUCCGCAAGCCCAUAUUUUAUUGCCGGAAUUCUGCGCUUCCAUUGGAAUAAACAGAUUAAAUAAAUAACUUUUCUGUGGUUGAACAUUUCAUGAUUCUUCAAAAGUAUUAUGGUUAUCUUAGUUUUUUUUCUAAUUUCAAUGUUAAGCAGGUUGGUUUUAUGACUAGUUACCGAUAGCCAGGGUUGAAAUUCAUUUUUGGAUUCAAUUUGUUUAUCUUAGCCAGCGUUGGUCAGAGCCAGAUUUCAGUGGGGAGGGGCCAGUAAACCUCCAGGAAGCAGCUUUUUUAUUGGUACAAGCCCAGCCUUUGAAAUGGCCUUGUACACUGCGUGUUUUUUCCAGUCAUCUACCUGCACAUGUCAAAUCAAUGGAAAACCACUGACCAUAACGUCCGUUAACUUCAACAAAAAAGGAUUUGUACUAACGGCGUUUCCAAGGUUUUGA